AUGUCAUUCGGGGGACGAAGAUCAUUCAUAGUUGGGGCAGGAUGUACCGCGUUUAUAAAGCCCAGAGGCACAAGAACGACAGAGGAUAUGGGUUUAGAAGCCGGAACGAAGGCGUUGCUGGACGCAGGCAUCACUUAUGACGCAGUUGAGGCCGCCUUCGUCGGUUAUUGUUAUGGUGACUCUACCAGCGGACAAAGAGCACUCUAUAACCUUGGCAUGACCGGCAUCCCCAUCACCAACGUCAACAAUAACUGUUCUACGGGAAGCGUUGCCCUCUACCAUGCAAACAAUUUGGUGAAGUCAGGUCUGGCGAACUGUGUUCUCGCUCUUGGUUUUGAACGCAUGGCGCGAGGGAGCCUUGGGACUCACUUCCCGGACAGACCGUCUCCAUUGAAGCUGUUGAAUGAGAGGACACAGGAACUCGAGGAGGACCUCAGCAGCGGCGCGAAUUUCGGACCUGAUGCACCAAGGAUGUUUGCCAAUGGCGCUCAAGAAUACUUCGACAAGUAUGGCGGAACUAUUGAACAUCUUGCCCAAAUUGCGUCCAAAAACCACAAGCACUCUCUCAACAAUCCUUAUUCACAAUUUCGUGAUGGUUGGACGGUAGAACAGGUCUUGGCCGCUCCGAAAAUAUGCAGCCAGUUAACGAAAUUCAUGUGCAGCCCGACAUCGGACGGUGCUGCAUGCUGCAUUGUCGCCUCGGAGGACUUUGUUCUUUCUCAUGGCCUGGAAAAUCAAGCGAUAGAGAUUGUGGCGCAGGCUCUGACAACUGAUGAACCUGCAACAUUCGAAAGCAGGAGUGCCAUGGAAGUCGUUGGCUAUGGUAUGACCAAAAGUUGUGCCAAUCAAGUCUUUGCGGCGGCAGGUUUCAACGAGGGCGAAGGAAGAGAGCAGGUUGGAGUUGUAGAACUUCAUGAUUGUUUCGCGGCCAACGAGCUCAUAACAUACGACGCACUGGGACUGUGUGCUCCAGGCGAGGCGCACAAGCUUGUUGAGCGCGGGGACAAUACUUUUGGUGGCAAGUUCGUCGUCAACCCUAGCGGGGGCCUGGAAGCGAAAGGUCACCCUUUGGGCGCUACGGGACUAGGAAUGCAUUUCUAUAUAACCAUGCAAUUGCGCGAAUGGGCAGGCCCGAUGCAGGCUCCAGGCCUUUUCGAUACAGCUGAUAAGCGGGGCAAGUACGGCAUGGUGCACAACAUCGGUCUUGGUGGCGCGGUGGUUUGCAGUCUUCUUCGUCGCCCUGAAUUCUUCAAGGCUGGCGGGAAGGAUGGAAGAGACAGGCUCGGAUACAACCAUGCGUAUGAGUGCAGGCCCGUCACCAUGGCGGAUGUGGAUCAAGUCAAAUCCCGGAAAUUCUCUCCAUAUGUCCUGCGACAAGCCAGGUUGUGA